AUGGCAGAGCUACAGUCACUUGACAAACCCGCCAUCAUAAAAACCUGUGCUCACCUUGAUGAACAUUUUACAGAACAGUUACUCAAGAAAAACAGUGACAGCGAUGUAUUACACCUGGUCUUCGACAGAUAUGACAUUCCUUUCCCUACUAAGUCUUCUAACCGAGUACGAAGGCAAGGCAAUCAACAUCCAGGCUACUACCGGAUAACGGACUCCACUAACAUUGCCAAGCUAACCAUGAAGCGUCCAGUUUCUCACGAAAGAGCCAAGAUGGAAUUGACGGAGUAUCUACAACCGAAUUGACCCGACUGAACGCAGGGCCACGAGUGUCGUUGUGACCUGGGAAAGCAACUGUCAAGCAACACACCGGGAUGUAACACACCCAACUGAACGCAGGGCAACGAGUGUCGUUGUGACCUGGGAAAACAACUUUCCAGCAACACACCGGGAUGUAACACACCUAAGAAGCAGUCAGGGAGAGGCGGACACUAAGAUGACCCUCCACGCUGUUGAUGCUGCUUCCCAUAGAGCAUCAAAAAUCAACAUCUAUUCGCCAGACACUGAUGUCUUUAUGCUUUCUCUAAGAAGAUAUCCACAGCUCUGCAGUGAUGUGCAUUUUGUUAUUGGCAUUGGUCAGCGGCACCAAGUUAUCAAUUUGAAACCUACUGUGCAGGCCCUCGGCAGCACAAAAGUUGCAGCAGUACCUGGUCUUCACGCUUUGAGUGGCGCUGACAUCACUCUGAGCUUUGCUGGUAAAGGAAAGGCCACUUGGCGGAAGGACUUCAGGGAAGCAGAUGAAGACACCAUCACUGCUCUAGCAAACCGUGGUAAGAAAGCCCAGCCAACAAUUAUCUUUUCUGGCAUCGAAAAACUUGUUUGUCAAGAGUACGUGCCCAACACUACCGUCAAUAAUGAUAAAGAGCUAAGGUAGUGGCUUUUCCGGAAGAAGCAAGCUCAGUCUGAGACCUUACCACCGACACAAGAAGCACUUUUGCAGGCUAUCAAGAGAGCCAACUAUCAAGCAUUUGUGUGGAAUUUGGACACCGUGCUUGAACCAAAACCGGGCUGCCAUUUGGAAGACGACAAAUGCAUAUGGGUACUGACCACUUAUGACGUCUCUGCCUCCUGCAUCAGAAGCUAUCAUAUGCAUCCAGUUGGUAAAGUGUGGUUGAGUAAAGAGCCGAUGUUCAUCAAAUACGUAGAACUGCCGGAAAGAUGGAUUCAAGUGCACCGACCUGUCAAGCUGUGCUGAUUAUGACGAUCUGUGCGAUAACCAGCUGGUUGAUGACGAUUCUGAAGUCGAAGACAUGGAACACAAGAGUGAUGGCAGCGAUAGUUAGGCUGAUCGUUGAACUACAUACGAGGUGUUGGCUUUUACAUUAUGCCAAAUGUACAAAAUCGUAUCAGUUACAGUACUUUUAUGACUAGUAACUGUGCAAGCAUGUGACGAGCCAAGUCAGGUUCGGUCUGUCUGUCUUUUUUGUAAAAGUUGUAAAAACUCUAGUAAGCUUACCUUAGGAUCCUUAACUUAUUUCCAUUCUAGCUUAACCAUGUUUCCAUGUUAAUUACCGAAAUGGUCUGGUAUAAUCUAGAAACAUGACACUCACAUGUUUUUGUUAUUUUUUCCACUGGAAAAAUUUUAUCUUGAUUGUAUAGUUAGAGCCUCGUUUUCAUGUUAGCUUUGUCACGUUCUCAUGCAGAAAAAAACUGCUGAAUAUCAGUAAAGUAAUUGAGGAACAUAAUCUCAUCAGCAUUGGAGCAAUUUCAUUCAAAUGGUUGACAGUUACAGCCAUUUUUAUUUUAGAACCUCGUUUCCAUGCUAGCUUUACCACGUAGCCAUGCUGAGAACCCGGUAGAAUUGUAUAUUGGUCAAGCAAUUGAGGUACGUAAUCUCUACCAUUUUGGAACAAUUUCAUCCAAACAGUGGAAAGUUAUAACCAUUUCUGUCUCAUAGCCUCGUUUUUAUGCUGGCGAAUUAUGUCAUGUUUUAAAAUCCCCAUAAAACAGCUCUGUGCAAGUUUCGACAGUGUCACCAAAAUUUUUUUGCGUUCGUUGAGGUGCCCUGAAUAUAUUUAGAUGGGCGGCUUGUUUGCAGCCUGACAUUCCCACGGGAGUACACUUACCUAGACUGUCGGACUUGCAUUGUUUGGUCCAGCGUUUUUUUCGUGCCCUAACCUUUAGCUGGAUCUGUUCUCGGUAGUCCCGAAGUUCAUGGCAACAGUAAAACUCCCAAAAUAAGCACUACUGGCUGCACUGCCAUUUCGCUUAAGGAUCAACCUGGCUGACCCGAGAGUUGAUAAGAUUGUUCGCGUUUGUAAGUCGCUCAACUGAAUGUUUUUCAGUGCUGAGUCCACGCGCUUGCCUUUCGCAGCUUCCGCAAUGGCCGCUUUGACGCGCGCGAGGAGAGAAGAAGAGGUUUUCUCUUUCGCGGACGUCCUCCUCCUUCGUGCCUUUUCUUCUAAUUAUUUUUUUUUAAUCUCUCAAAAACUUGUAAAUGACCAGGCAUAGAAUUAUAGCUGGCAUAAAUAUAUAUAAUAUAGAAAUAUAUAUGCAGACCAGACAUCAUACAGACCAGAUUUGCAGUUGUAGGUUUUUAGUUUGUAGAGAAAUAUCUCAAGCCUUGAAUUUUUAUGCUUGCCUAGCGAAAGACUGUGAGGAACUUAGUCCUCCAAAGCGUGGAGCCGUGGCAUGUGACAACUGGCUCUUCGGACAUUUUUGCAGUCCAUUUUGUCACAACGAAUCGACCUUUCCCCGUGGCGAAAUAUCAGCAAAAGUAUGGACCUGUGGACCAAACUUAAAAUGGUUUCCAUCCCCGCGUUUGCCAGACUGUACAGGUAAGAAGGUUGUUUAAACGAAGCACGUAGUUAUCAGUAGCUGGAUACAUGAUUGAGAGUUAGAUGUUGGUUGACUAUCAAAACAGCCACUAAAUGAUAUGCAUGUUUAAGUUUAAUUUUCUGUUUGCUUUUAUUGAAUUAUUGCUUAUUAAUAAUGAUUUUGAGAUAUAUAAACAAGUGAAAACUAACGAUAUGAUUUUAAGUUACGGUGCCUUCAUGGCGCCAUUAUCAAGGAACUUGGUAAAUUUAGAGGACUUGAACUUCUUUUGAACUCAGUCGCUCAUUUACUCAUUGCUUGUUAACGGUAUCAACAGGUCGUCGAAAGUUCGGGACAUUAUAAUAUAAGCUUUUAAAUUACUUGUUUAUGAAUUAUUUCUCUGCUAAAAAGCCAAAAUGUGCUGAAAGCAUGCCAUAAAGGGGCAAAAUAAAAGAACAGUAAUUAUAAUAAAACGUUCAAAAGUCAGAGGCUUGGAAGAAAAGAAGGGUGGACUUUUUCUAAAAAAGGGCUACUAUCAAGAUGUCUACUGUAUCAUGCAGGCACAAAUGGUUAGCAAAUGAUUCGUUGUAUUGAUCGGUCUAAUUCCUUAUCAUUCUGAACGUUGUUUUGUCAAAACAUUUCACGAUAACACUACUUCAUGAAAGAGCUAACACUGUACAAAGCGUUUGUUUGUAGCUAUUCACGGGUACACCAUCUUGGCUGUGCAAUUUUCGACGUUAAAAUUUCUGAAAACAACUCUAGUAUUCUCUUAAAGAUAAAAAAGCAGACAAAGGAUAUAGCAGCUGAAACAAACAAACAAACGAAUACUUUUUUUUUGUAGAACCAAGCCAUAUCAGACAAGUAAAGGCCGAGUUUCGUGUUUUUUACUACGAAGGAGAUUGCAGGAGCCUUUCAACUCAGGAAGAGAUAAAAAAGAACUUCAUUAAGAUCUUAAACGAGUCCAGAUAUGAUUUUGCUUGCCAACAGUCAUGGUACAAAGAUAAAUGCAGGGCUGAAAAUGUCAAAGUCAAGUGUGAUAUAAUUCACUUGGAGUAUAGAAGGCUGAAACGUGCAUCUGGUAGGACGCUUAUUUUAAAUGGACAUAUAACUAAAUAUUACAAAAUGUCGUGGAGCAAUGAUUCCUUUUUCAUUUAUUCGUUCAUUCAUUCACUCGCUCACUCACUCAUUCCUUCGUUCAUUCAUUCAUAUAUUCAUUCAUUCAUUUUCCCAUUAACCAUUAACUGUAUAUAAAGGGUUUUCCUAGGCCCAGGAAAUGAAUACGGUUUAGUCUUAAACUGAGACUUUACUCUCCUGGCAUUAGUGCUUAAUUUCGUUUAGUUAAGAUUUAAGGAAAAGUGGAUGGGGAGGUUCUAUUAGUGACCACAAGCUUCACGACACUGUUGGCUUAGAGGAAAAAGAACCGAAGCACUAUAAUUUUAUUACAAGAAGUUCACUUGGCUGAUAGGUGAAAAGGUUGUUUACCUCUAAGUUUAAGAAUCUAACUUCCUUGUUCUACAUUUGCUUGAAAGUGUUUGGCAGAACUCGACGAUCGUCCCGCCUCAUUCCUCAAACAACAAUCACGUUUAAUAUUGUUGGUAAGUUUGCUAUUCUUUCUGUCCAAAGCAAUGAGACACUCAUAUCAGUCAGGUUUAAGACGAGAGGCUUAUUUCAUUUGCCUGUUUAUUUCUAGUUUUUGGUAAUAAAUAUUUUUUGAUAAAUCUGUUAUAUUUUAACAGAUACACAUAGAUGUAAGCUUGGAUAAAGGAGUGAUCUCAAAUUAAGUGAAAAAGAUCCUCUUCCUCAUCAUCGCCAUCAUCACAUGUCCGUGACGGGCGUUAUAAGCGGCAUAAUAGAAUAUUUGAUUUCUUCCCUUCAUAUAGUUACACACUGUUACUAAAUUUAGGCAUAUUGAGCACCACAAACUUGGAGUUGAAGUUCCUGCUUUUUUCGCUAAAAAACGCGACAUAUGCUGGAAUAAAUGUAAACGUGGUAAUGCGUUCCCGUCAGACCGUGGUUGUCGGCUAGUAUUUGAGACGACAUCGUACGCCAUCCAUAUGUUGUAUGAUUCUAUCCUUGCAGUGCGCCUUGAUAAUAGCACUGGGGUAAAUGACACCAAGCAAAGCAAAGUAUUGGCAGGAUUGGAAGGAGUUGGGAUGGCCAGGACCAUCGGCAACGUGAUCAAAAAGGCAGUUGAAAAUGGCAGCCUCAACGUCCACGGCACCGUAUUUGUUCCCGAUAAGAAGUCGGUAAACAUUUCAGAGCCUGAGAGAUUAUGUGAUACAGGACAAGUGUACCAAGAUGAAGUCUGCGGUGAGAUAAAAAUGGAUUCAAUUUGAACAAUAAACGGAAAUUCAUAUAUGGUAUAUUGGUUUACUAAACCAGAGUUAAAUACGAACUUUAAUUAGAGUUUACCUCAGUUUCCAAAUCCCGACUGUAAGUAGCCAAAAUUCCGCACCGUAAUUUAGGGGAAAAGUAAUUGGUGAGUAGCCUUGAAAUCCUUUUAUUGUUUGGUUUUCCCUUAGUAAGCUGUACAUCUGGGACAUACCUUAAUAAGGUCCUUGGUAUAUGUGAGGACUGCCCCAUUGGAACUUACCAAGAAUACGAAUCACAAGAGAGUUGCCUGCCAUGUCCACAAAAUACUUCAACUGUAGAGUCCAGAACAGACCACCGUUCAAGUUGUUUAGGUUUGUACAGAAGUAUAAUACAUUAAUGGCCUCUAUUUAGUUAAGUCCGAAUUUCUCCGCAAUCGUCACUGUCAUUUUCACUCUUUUUAUUUUGUGUAAUAAUGACUAUGUAAUUAAACAAUAAUUAGAUUCGGUUUUUGUAAUAUCUGAAAUAGUCAAGGUCUCGGCAAGUCUUUUAUCAGCCUUGGCCUGCGGCUCGGCUGAUAACAGUUACCUCGACCUUGAUUAUUACGGAUACGACAAAAAUCUCACCCAAUAAUUGCCUAAAAUCGCCUUUGAAAAUGCUGCGUACAAUCAAUAAUAGCAAAUAUGCGCCAAGGAAUGGGGAGAAAUUGACAUACAAACUCAGUGUAGUCUUUGUUACAACGUGUUUGGUUGUGUCUCCUUUUGAAAGCUUUUUGCAAAGCUGGAUCAUAUUCGACGACGGGACUGGAGCCUUGCAUCUCGUGCGAAAAGGGCUUUUAUCAAGAGAAAGAGGGACAAACAGGGUGUUUUAAAUGCAUCUCAGCCACAACGACUCCUGGCAUCGGAUCCACAACCUCAAAGGAGUGUAGAGGUAGGUAAUGGGGUAAAAAAGUAUGAUCCAGAAAACAUAGCAAAAAUUUACAGGAUAUUUCCUCGUUUCUAUCAUUAACACCGGUGCCAUUUUUUUUAAGAACGAACUUUGUCAACCACUAAAAUCAAGAGCAAAUUCAUUUAAGAGAGUUAGAAGAGGACAUAAAAUAUUAUGCAGACUCAAUGGCGGAUUAACCUAUACAUAUAAUUCAGACAAGAAAAUUCGUCUUACAUGGUAACAAAAAAAAUAUAUCACCUUCAAGUAACGUUCAGCCUUUAUCAUAUUUUGUUUUUUGUUAGUCCCCUGUCCUCCCGGCACGUUCUCUCGAACUGGCUUGGUUCCAUGUACGCUGUGCAAUCGACGCUCGUUUCAGCCUCACAUUGAACGUCGCGCCUGCGUUCCGUGCCCAGGGACAACAGUGGCACUUCAAGAAGGGUCCAAAGGUUUAAAGGAUUGUCAAGGUGAACCUUAUAUUUCGACAUACCGAAGUUGCAGGUUUACAAAUUUCUUUGCUCCCGCUAACCACAGUUUUAAUUCCGUCGACGCAUUUCGGUUUCUUUCAACAAUCUUUUCCUUUCUUUCUCUUUUUCUCAGAAAUUAAUAACUGCGAGCCAAAUCCCUGUAAGAACAAUUUUGUUUGCACGGACCUCAUUGAUGACUUCAUGUGCUCCUGUCAGCUUGGGUACACUGGCAAACAGUGCGAGACCAAUGUUGAUGAUUGCCAGGACCAACCUUGUCUGAACAAUGGCACAUGCCAUGACUUGGUGAAUAAUUACACCUGCACAUGCCCACAAGGAUUCCAAGGAUUUAACUGUGAAGAUGAUGUUGAUGAGUGUAUCUCAUCACCUUGUUCAAACCACGCUUCAUGUAGCAAUAUUCCUGGAGGAUUCAGCUGCCUGUGCGAACCAGGUUAUACUGAAAGGUUGUGCGAUACGGACAUAAACCACUGCUUGCUAGCCUCUUGCCAGAACGGAGGGACUUGCGAAGCUGGGGCAAACAACUAUACAUGCCACUGUGUAACUGGUCAGUUAAUUGCUCUUGCGAAUACUUUUAUAGAUUGAUCUAGAAAGGAAUUGUCAGUGUCGAUAUUGUUGUACAGAAUUUAAUUCCGUUAGAGUGCACUGAAAAGGUCUCUAACGUAACUAUGAAUCUCUAUGUCUACGUAAUACCAACAGUAAAAGUAAUGCAAGAUAUAUAUAGUAACAAAUAACACGUGAUGAUCUUGCGCGUUUUCUGUACAGGGUACCAGGGCAAUGACUGUGAGGAGAAUAUUGAUGAGUGUGCAUCAGACCCUUGCCAGAAUGAAGCUACAUGUGUGGAUGGAAUCGGCAGCUACCACUGCAUCUGUAACUCCGGUUUUCACGGUAAAAAUUGCGAGGAAAACAUUGAUGAUUGUAUCAAUGUAGAAUGCAAGAAUAACGCGACCUGUGUUGAUCAGGUCAAUGGAUUUCAAUGUAUUUGUCCGGAAGGAUUCACUGGUAAAAAGUGCGAAUUGAAUAUUGAUGAAUGUGACUCAAAUCCUUGUUUGAAUGAAGCCAGGUUAGUAGUUGUACUCUGACAAUAUCUUUGCUGUUCUCUAUUUCAACCCAUUCCUUUUUCUUUUUCACUCUUUUUUUUUUCUUCCUAUCUUCCUUUCUUUCUGUUAACGAUGGAAACAACUUCAACAAUAUGUCCAUAACCAAAUUUUUUGUCAGCAAGAAAGCUUAAGCUUGAGGAUUUUAAUUCGAAAACUGGCCUCAUAAGUUUAAGACAUGGCAUACACUCUCACAGAAAAUUUAACUAAAAUUAAGAGUAAUAAUAACAUAAAACAUCAUAUUAUGGAUAAAGCAUGCCUCUUUAAUUGCUAAUGCAUUUUUGUCCAAAGGAAAGAUUGUACCCGUCUUACCUACCAAUGAACUAUACAAGAUUAUAAUUAUAUUAGGGACCUUUGAAGACAUUCAAAAUGGCGGCUAUCUGACAUAAAAUAGUUCAGAGAAAAUCGGGAAGAGGGGGGACCCCAUUGUAUGUUCCAGCGUCAAUUCAAACAGAUAGACAUUAAACUCUAAAACUACAGCUAAUUAGGACCAAAAAGGCGGUCCUUGACAAACAAUUUAUUUUUCUUCUGAAAUUUAUCUCAAGGUGUAUCGACAAGAUUAACGGCUUCCACUGCGAGUGCAAUGACGGAUUUGAUGGUAUCCACUGCGAAAAUAACAUAGAUGAUUGCGCGUCUAAUCCUUGUUCGAACAACGGUACUUGCCAUGAUGAGAUCAACGAAUUCGCAUGCGCGUGCCAACCAGGUUUCACAGGAAAUACGUGCAGUUGGGAUAUUGACCAUUGCGCCUCGAUGCCAUGCUUAAACAAUGCAUCUUGCCUUGAAGGCCCAGCCUCUUACUCUUGUCAGUGUGCAGAUGGGUUUAGUGGAGACCAAUGUCAGUACAACAUUGAUGACUGCCAAAACGCCACUUGCUUGAAUGGAGGAACGUGUAUUGACGGUGCUGAUGAAUACGCAUGCGUCUGUCUAGGGGGGUUUACUGGGCUUAAGUGUGAAAUAAAUAUUGAUGAAUGUGCACAAAUCCCGUGCUUAAACGGAGGGACUUGUACUGAUCUGAUAAAUGACUUUCAGUGUAUUUGUAAGCGAGGCUAUACAGGGCGCACUUGCAGAGUUGAUAUUAAUGAAUGCUCAAGCUCUCCCUGUCACAACCAUGGAACAUGUAUAGAUAAAAUCAAUAGCUAUUCUUGCACCUGCACUGAUGGGUUCAGCGGACUAGAUUGCAGUGUAAAUAAUAACGAUUGCUUGGUGCAUGCAUGCGCAAAUGGAGCCACAUGUAGGGACGGAAUAAAUACCUAUACCUGUGAUUGUCGUCCUGGUUAUUUAGGAACAUACUGUGAAACUGAAGUAGACGAGUGUGAAUCUUCUCCAUGUUUAUAUGGUGGGACCUGUUACGAUCAGGUAGUUUUUGCUUUAUUCUAAAGCCUCAGUGAACAGGAGCGACAGGAACGUGUUAAUUUCGAAACUAAAAUGUUAUUAUGUUGUUAUCAUCAUUAUUAUCACCAUUAUCGUCAUCAUUAUCAUCAUAAUAGUUAUCAAAAUCAUCUUAAUCAUGCCGGAUCACACUAAUUUUAAACGUCCGUUUAUCACCCUAUUGGUCAUCUACAAACGUCUUUGAAGCGAAAUUCAUUUUGGAUUGAUUUGUUUGGUUUUAUUUUGGCAGUGGCUGGUGUCCAGGGAUUACAAAUAGCACUCGUUAGCUCCUUACUUAAGCUGUAAAGCGACUAAAAAUGUCAGUCCUCAGACCUUAUUACUUUAAAUUUUCUGUUAUUUCAUCUGCGUAGGUUAAUGCGUUUCACUGUGAUUGUAAGUCCGGGUUUACUGGCCGGCGAUGCGAGAGAAACAUUGACGAUUGCGAAUCACAUCCCUGUCUAAACAACGGAACAUGUACCGAUCUUGUGGCAGAUUACAGCUGCUCGUGUUCAAAUGGAUUUACCGGCCGUGGCUGUGAGCACCGUAUUGAUUAUUGCAGCGACGCGAAAUGUUCACAAAACGGUGUCUGUGUCAACUUACAGACAGGCUAUAGCUGCCGCUGUAACGAUGGUUAUUUCGGAAAAUACUGCGAGUUUGAAAUAGACGAGUGCUUAGCCAAACCCUGCUUCAAUAAUGCAACUUGUCGUGAUGGAGUUAACAACUUUACCUGUUCCUGCACCGCUGGGUUUACGGGGAGGAAAUGUGAGUUGAACAUAGACGACUGUCUAGACAACGCCUGUCUGAACAAUGCUACCUGCAUUGACCACAACCUUGGAUACUCCUGUUUGUGCGCCGAGGGCUACAAUGGAACUUAUUGUGAAAAUGAUAUAAACGAGUGUGAAUCCAAUCCGUGUCGUAAUGGUGGUACUUGUGUGGAUGAGAUAUAUGGAUACAAGUGCAGGUGCUUGACAGAGUUUACCGGAGAAAACUGCGAAGACAAAAAGGAUCCUUGCUUAUCAUUUGUAUCAUCCCCCUGCGAAAAUGGAGGAACUUGUCAAGGUGACAUCUCCACGGGAAACACCACCUGUUUAUGUAAAUCAGGUUAUACCGGAGAAACAUGUGAAACAAACAUUGACGAGUGUGCCUCAGAACCCUGUAUACCUAAUUCCUAUUGUAUUGAUUUGGUAAACGGUUACGAGUGCAAGUGUUAUCCAUCUUACACUGGCGAUCACUGUGAUAUCUGUAAGUGGUUUUAUGCUAAUGUACUAAUAACACAGUCGAUAAGUAGGAUCAUUCUAAGAAAUGGUAAUAUUACUGUGAUAAUGUAAGUAGUAGUAUUCUAAUAAACUAGUAACAGAACCCAUUGACAGGAUCAUUUUGAAAAGUGGUAAAAGUGUCAAUCUGAUUGCCUUCCCGAGGUUUCAGAUCGAUAACACAUCUUCUCAAGUCGAUACGUUGUCCUUCAAAGAAUAACAUCACAAAAUAUAUUGCUGUAGAGAGUUAACUUUUCACUCAUGUUAGUUAAAGGGCCCAAAUAAUCUUGCUCAGAUAUUUAAAAUUUCUCUGUAUUUUUUUUUCUGAAUGUGGGACUUAUAUUUCUGAAAUAGCGCUUAGCCUUCCUGUAGAAAGUAUUUUAAGGAAGAAUAACAAACAAGCAAGAAAAAGCCGGGUCAAAAGAGAAAAAAAUUGAUAUCCAACAACAACGGUACCUUGAAAGAUUAUAGUUAAUUUAAAACAUCAGCAGCACUAUAACUCAAGUGUUAACACAAUUUUUUUGCUUUGCAGUUCUCGGCAGCAACUUUGAUCUUAUAUUUAAGCACCUUACGACAAAAGAUAUGGUUGUUCUAUCGAAUGUGGACGACAUUCCGGAAAUGGAUUCCUUUACCAUUGCCUUUUUCGUCCGAGCGGAUUCUGCGUAUAAUUCAGGAACACUGUUCACCUAUAGCGUGCCUGGUGAACCAAAAGACGUAAUAAUACUCUCUUUUACGGAAUCGAAAGUUCAGUUUACGAUUAAAGACGAGGUCGUGAGCGUUAACUUUCCUUUAGCAGAUGAUGUCUGGCAUUUCGUGGGAGUCGUUUGGAAUGGAAUUACUGGAUAUGUGUCCGUGUACAUCGAUGGACCUGAAGUCAAAAAGGCGACAAAUGUGCUUAAAGGUGAUAUUCUAGCUGGAGAUGGAUGGAUCGUACUUGGUCAACGUUAUCUUGCGGGAGGCAAAAAUCCUGGUUUGUCGACAGCUUUCGUGGGAACAUUGCAUCAAGUGAAUCUUUGGAAUGUAGCCGCGAAUCCAGACCACAUGUGGAAUGCAGCUCAUAACUGCACUUGGCCCAUUGCUGGAAGUGUCCGAGCGUGGACAAACUUUCUACAAGGAAUCAAAGGGAAGGUGGAAAAGCGUUUUAUGACCCAAUGCCAAGGUACUAUCACGUUGUCUACGAACAGUUAAAUGAUACCUUGCCAUAUUAGGUAAAGACCCGCUUGGAAAAUUCUAGUGAGUCGAAGUUAUAACCGUCAACUUAACCUGAUUGGGGAGAUAGAAUGUCCUCACAUCCACAUCAGUUCAAUUUGAUACGCAAAAAGUUUUCAGCUGAAGCAGUUUUUCCAGCAGUUAAGGAAGCUAGUGACAAAGGAUGGCAAAUAGGCAAUCCUUGUAAUUAUAUCUUGAAGUUGUCCAAAAUAAGGUAACCCUGAAUGUGUUUAAGAUUUACUUUUAACGUUGCAUCAUCAAGGUUCAUUCGCAACAAUUCAUUUACCAUAUGUCUGUCCACAGCAUCAAGUUUCAGAAAACCUUAAUAAAAGAGAUUUAAGUCUGCUUUCCAUUCAUUGCCUAGAAAUAUAUUGUUUCCCUGAGGAAAUGUUUUAAAAGUCCAUCUCCACUCAUUACAUGCAAACUACUUCCACUUUACAGCUUUGCCUAUGUGCACGACUAACUGCUCCCAUUUCCUCGACUGUGAGUCUCGUCAUGGCUACUACUACUGCAACUGUCAACCCGGUUUCUCAGGACCUCACUGUAACAUGAACAUAGACGAGUGCAGCUCAAGUCCAUGCGUUAAUGGAAAGUGCGUAGAUGGUGUUAACCGGUAUGAUUGUAUUUGUAACAAAGGUUAUUGGGGAACCAACUGUGACAAAGAGGUCAAGAGGGAAUCCAAAGGAGGUAACAAGUUUUUUUUUUUUUUUAAAGUAAAGCGUUCAAAAAAUACAGAAUCUCUACUGUAUUGGUCACUUGCAGUUACUAAAUUUGUCUCUAGUUUCAAAGAAUCCGGCAAGGAAGUAGUUACAUUGUUACUCAAGCGUCUCUAAGCUAUAUUGAAAAGUCCUUUGAGAGAAAAAAUAAAGCUUUGAGAUCUGCACCUGUAUAUUGAGCGUUCCCGGUCACAAGAUAUAAAAUUGCACGUUCAAAUGAUAUAUUGGAGAAUAUCUCAACUUUUCUAGCGUUUUUAAUCUGCCAAUACCAAGGUCAUUCAAUGUAUAACCAUAUCAUAAUAUUUGAUGGUAAAUCUAGUGCAUUAAGCAUUUUUUUUUUUUUACGUCCAUGUUGAGGGCGGACUGGAUGCAUGUUUUCAAAAAGAUUAUCAAUCCGCAUACGGUAUUAGUAAGAGAAAUUAUUGUAAGUUUGAUGGAAACUGCUGUCAGUGCUUUCGAAGUCGGUAAUUCGAGUCCUAUUUCCUGCCUUUUAAACUUGUAGUUUUUUUACAGAAGAAAUAUUAUGUCCUCUCUUGAACGGAUAUCAGGUAAUUAAAUAGGUAGGCACUAUCUGAACAGUAGAAAGUCACUCACGUGGAAAGAUUGCAUCUAGACAUAGAUCUUUUCCUAACAAAGACCAAUCUGUGUGAUAAAUAGAGAAAGAUGGUAAAUUUUAAGCUCGGUGAAGAAAUGAGAAAAUGAUGUGAUCAACAUGUCACGAGGACGUGACAAAGAAAAAAUCUGAGUCUCCGAAAGGAAUUGAACUUAGCUGGCCCAGCUCACUACGAGUCCUUCGUAGCUCAGUGGUUAGAGCAUCCGACCGGUGUAUGGAAGGUCAUUGGUUCAAUUCCUGUCGGGGACUCAGACGUUUUCUUUGUCCUGUGUUUGUGACAAGUUGAUCACAUCAUUUCCCAAAGACCAAUCUGCAAAACUAUUGUUUUCAACCACAGAAUGCCUAGACCUGCCUGUACCUCUUAAUGGAAGGAUGUCUUGCCAAAUGUUUUCUGGCAAAAAAGUUUGCACUUUGACGUGCAACGAUGGCUACUCUUACAAUACAGAAACAACUCCCACAUAUGAUUGCGGUCCCGAUACUGAGUGGAGGUGGAAUGGCCUGGAAGGUUUUAAUGUCCCCGCUUGCUCAAGUAUGUCUUUCUUUUUUUAUAUCUAAUUUUUUUCUUUUCCCGUUGAUGGGCGUUUUUGUUGCUUUCUUCGUACGUUAAGAACGCCAGAAAUGUUUUUCACUCACCCCGUGUCAGACUCGAAAAGUCUAAGAGAAGAAUAACUUAACAUUAGCCUCGGGCUCUUGUGAAUUCGUCAGACACAUGCAGGUACUAGUUGUUAUAUGGGGGACAACUCAAAUUGCAAAGCAUCACGCUAUCAAUGGGCAGCGCGAAUUCUCAUGGCUUGAAAGUUCUUAUUCAAAAAAAGAAGCAUUUACCCACUUUUGCUGCCGUACUCAUUUGUCAGUACAUCUUGCUUUUUUUCACCUCUUUAACAGAUGUUUAGCAUGCAGAAGGUCGCUCUUUGAAUCAUGACAGUCAUCCCAUUGAUAGACAGUAUUUUGUCAACUUCACUGACUUAUCAUCUUUUCCUUCAUAGCGUUGCAAAAAUGAAUUUAUGACGGCCCCUGACAAAAUCCAAUUUGAGCCUCUAACACUUUUAGGUUAAGGAAAAUACUCUCUUCCUUUUCAGGUAAGGCAGCCCCUAAGGAGAUAGAACAUCAUUUCGGAAUAUCAGUGGAUGAAAUGAGUCCCUGCGAAGGCAGCCAAAGUUACAAUGGCUUUCGCUCCGCUUUUGAGCGGGAAGUCAGUGAGACUCUUCAGACGAUCCGCGGAUGUCCUUCUCUCAAUACCUGUAUACUGAAGGAGGUCACAGUCCCCGGAUGUGGUUGGACGGCUAAUCAGAGGAAGAGACGAGCAGUCACGAACUCAAAGGAUGUGCUUUUUUCGUUAUCAGUCAAAGGUUAUGACUCAAAUUCAACAAAGGACGAUGUUGAAGAAAAAAGUGAAGCUAUUCUGUUUCAGAUGCAGUACGCGGUCUCGACAGGACAGUUCGUUAUAGCUUUGGAUGGAAUCAACAGCACGGCUAACAGAUCCUCGUUUGAACACGUCUCAUCCGAUGUUAUUUGUAACCCAGGGUUUGUUAAAAGAAGCGACCGUAUGGGAUGUGGUAAGUACGGGUAAUUAUCAAUAGCUUGCCUUUAUGGAAACCGCCCUUCCUUGACUCCUUUGCUUGUUUGAAGUUCUGGAUGUAGAGCAGCAAUCUCCGACUAACAACUUCUAGAGUUAUAAAGUUAAUCACCUGGUGUUAGGUGCAUUUUGCGAAUGUUUAUGCCUUCCGCUUUCUCUUAAAAUGGUAAGCAACGUGAUACUUAUGACGGAAUAUUUUUAGGCUCAGCCAAAAUGCGCCUCUAAACAAGCAGCUGAUAAAAAGAAAGGGUACCGACAAGUUUAAAUUAUAUUUUUAAAAAAACCUGGGAAUCGUGUAAGACAGGACACUUAUAACAUAUAUUGUACAUUGUACUCACUAUCCUUCUUUUCAUUGGCUAACAGCCUACAGUAAACCCUGGAAAUCAGCACCGUCUCGAUACACAUUAUUCUGAUCACUAACGGGUGGUGAAUGGUAAUUGCACACAGUCAAAAAAACAUGGCUGUUCGGUUUGCUUCCUCACUGCAAAGGAAAUAAAAAAUUAUACAUUAUUUGAAUUGAAGACAACGACCACGAAAUUACAGAAAUAUAUACCAAAACUGCUAAGGAACUCUUUCGCGAUGUAAACAUUCUUUAACUGCCACUGUACAUUUUUUUUGGUGGAAAUUUAAAAAAAAAUGACUAAGUGCCAAGAUGAUGUUUAUUAUGGUGAUAAAAUUCCACUGCACGUUCUUGUAUUGGAACUCACAGAAGAACAAGUGUCGUAAUUAAAAAAGUAUUUUCGCAAACGGGGAACCACUUUUUUGACUCGUAAAAUAAUGGCGAAAAUUUUGCUACCAUGAAUAGAUUUUUGUCUCUCGCAACAAAAAAAGACUUUUACAGCCAUCAGUGUUCACGAUGUUACAUGCAAUUUUUAAUAAACAAUUUGUUAAUGUCGAUCCGUGCCAAUAAAUUUCAAGGCGAUACAUAUUUGUAAAAAGGAGAGAUUAAUUUAUGUACGGGUGUUUACCGUGACCUUAAGACCAUGUUUAUGGAAUCACCUUAAACCACAUAAAUUAGUUACUGUAGUUUUUUUUUCUCCAUAAUGAGAACAUACAAACAUGCAGAAACAUUAACUUUUAAAAAACAGGAAUGAACGGCAAAUGGCAGUUAGACUAACACCUUGCCCUGAUAAUUAGAAGUAACUCUCCACUUAACCAAUAAAGUGGAUACUAAAGUGAAAAGAAAUUCACUGAUUUUUCACGGAACUGAAAAAUACGAAGCGAUAUUUAUUGAUCCUGACCAUGAUUGCUAACGUAUACUACGCAGUGACUGAGGAACAUUUAGUUACAGUUAACUGAGUCUAUGUUUAUCUUUACCAGUUGCAUGCCCUGAGGGAACAUUCUACCAAGUGAAGAUUUUAAAAUGCAUUCCGUGUCCUCAAGGAUCGUACCAAGACGACGAGGGUAGGCUUUUCUGCAAACGUUGCGGCGAAGGAAAAACCACUCGUGGACUGGGAAGCAGGGAAAAAGAAGACUGUGUCAUCAACAGCGGUAACAAAACGUUAUGCAUACUCUUGCUUGUUUAGAUGAGUCAGGUCAAUCCCCUUCGUAAUUUCUACGAGAGUGAGGUUAUGUCAAUAAAAUUUGCGUGACUUUACGUAAAAGUUAGGUCACAAGCCGCCAUGGCAACAAUCUUAGGGCCGGAGUACAUGAGCCAGGCUGGCUAGGUUUGCCAGGAUGGCUGACUUUGUCACGAUCGCAUAACGCUAAAUAAACAACCCAACUAGCUCAAUUAGCUAAGCUAGCUGGCGUAAUACCUGCUUAAAAGAUAUCUCCGCAAAGAGUACUAGCAAGGCAGACCGGGGCAGCCCUGCUUAAGUAGUUGGCCCAUAUGUGCCCCACCUUGGAUUCCUGUCAUGUUAGAAGAGUGCUAAGGUGAUGACAAAACUUAUCGCGAUGUCAAAAUGAUCUUAAUUUGCAAAUAUUUCUGAAAGAAAGUAAAAGUUUUUAUUGAUUUUAGAAUCUCUUGCCACAUAUUUAAACUUAAAAUUGUGAAUUGUAAAUAAUAUUUUCUUUUUUUUAAUGUGCUUAUUAUCAUUAAUAUUAUUUUAUUAUUAUUUCUUAUAAUGCAUUUAAUGUAUAUAUAUAUAUUUCUAUAUUAUUUUCAUGUAGCGUCAGCUCGAAGAUAUUAGGUUGUUAGCUACUCUAAAAUUCGAGUAUAAAUAAAGUUUUAUGUUAUGUUAUGUUAUAUUUCUAACUACUUAUUGCAUAUCUCAUAGUCAGGUGUGCUAACUGAAUGUUUUGGUACGUAAUAACUUACUGUAUUGGUACUACUAUUUAUGCAUGACUUUUUGUCAGUUUACUAAUUAUCUGCGACUGAUUCCUUCCCUAGGUUCAUAAGGAAACACUGACCUAUGAAUCAAUCAGAGCAACCUAUUAAUCAAUGAAUUAUUCGAACGAAACUGACGAAGUUAAACGGAAUUUGUAUUAGCAGUGACAUUUUAAAGGGCUGUAAACUUGUCUUAGUAUAGAGAAAAGGCCCAAACUUUGCAAUUUAAACUUACAAUGUGUUAUGCCAAGCUUUCAUGAUUUAACUGGACAGAAAUUAAAUAAAAUGUCACUUUAGGUUACUUCUUUAUUUGUAGUCACUGACCACAUUUCACCACGUCGUAACUAUCCAUCUAUCGG